CGUGACAUGUAUCAUUCUUGUAAAACCAAUUGAAACUAAAACAUGGAGGCAUCAUGGUUCAUAAUCCUUGUUUUUAUGUGUCUUUCAAUACUUAUUAUCACAAGUAUAAGAUCCCUCAAAUCAAUUCAACUCCCUCCUGGACCAUUCCAUUUUCCUUUCAUUUCCGAUAUCCUAUGGCUACGGAAAUCAUUCCCACAACUCGAGCCAAUUCUUCGCAACCUUCAUGCCAGACAUGGCCCUAUCAUCUCAUUCCACUUUUGGUCUACACCUAACAUAUCGAUAUCUGAUCGUUUCCUCGUCCACAAGGCCUUGGUCCAAAACGGCGCCAUUUUUGCCGACCGACCUAAAGCCCUUUUCCUAAACAAACCACUCAACAUCGCCUCCUCUUGUUACGGCCCCACAUGGCGCGUUCUUCGCAAUAAUCUUGCCACGACAAUGCUUCACUCAUCGCGGUUCAAUUCCUUCUCUAACACGCGCAAAUGUGUCCUUGAAGCACUUGUCAAGCAAUUAAAAUCUGAAACGGAAUCAAGUCAUUCCAUUAAGUUCAUUGACCACAUACAUCAUGCAAUUUUUAGCUUACUAGUUUUUAUGUGUUUUGGUGAUAAAGUGGACAGCGAGAAAAUUGAAACCAUUAAGCACAUCCAACGCCUUUGGAUUAUAAGCUCCGGAAAAUUCGGUGUGCUAAAUUUCUUUCCAAAAAUGAUCUCUCACGUGAUUUUCCGAAAACGUUGGAAUGAGUUUUUGCAACUUCAAAAGGAUCAAAAGGAUGUAUUUAUUGAACUAAUAAGAGCGAGAGAAAAAGAAAGCAAUAAAAAUAAUCUUGAUCAUGAACGUGCCAUUUGUUACGUCGAUACUUUGUUGAAUUUGGAGUUGCCUGAGGAGAAACGAAAGCUUGAUGACGAUGAGCUUGUUGCGCUGUGUUCGGAGUUUCUCACUGCCGGAACAGAUACAACUUCAACUGCAUUAGAGUGGGUUAUGGCGAAUUUGGUCAAAUACAAACAUGUGCAACAAAGAAUAGUCGAGGAAAUUGGAGUUGUAAUUGGUGAUAGAGAGGAAAGAGAAGUAAAAGAGGAAGAUUUGGAAAAGUUACCUUAUCUUAAGGCAGUGAUUUUAGAAGGGUUAAGGCGCCACCCUCCUUCUCACUACUUAAUUCCACAUGCAGUGACCGAGGAUGUGAUUUUUAACGGUUACUUGGUGCCUAAAAAUGGGACAGUUAAUUUUAUGGUGGCAGAGGUUGGGUGGGAUCCAAGUGUUUGGGAGGAUCCCAUGGCAUUCAAGCCAGAUAGGUUUGAGGAAAGUAGUAAUGGAUUUGAUGUUACAGGUCAAAAUGAGAUAAAGAUGAUGCCAUUUGGAGCAGGAAGGAGGAUUUGUCCUGCCUAUAACUUGGCAAUGCUCCAUGUAGAGUACUUUGUGACAAAUUUAGUUUGGAACUUUGAAUGGAAGACUUCAUUACCAGAAAGUAAUGUUGAUUUGUCAGAAAAACAGGAAUUUACUAUGGUGAUGAAAUAUCCAUUGGAAGCUCAAAUAUCUCCUAGGAUCUAGGCUCAUUUAUUUAUAGAUGAAUAUGUUGUCUGUGAUAAAAACAAAAUAUAUUCGGGUAAAGCCGUCAAGAAUACUAUGUACACUACUUGAUAAUGUGAAAAAAGUUGUUGUUGAUUGAAAUUA